AUGUCAAUUAACCACUGUAGAUUUUAUGAAAACAAGUACCCAGAGGUCGAUGAUAUCGUCAUGGUGAAUGUUCAGCAGAUUGCUGAAAUGGGUGCUUAUGUGAAGUUACUUGAAUACGACAACAUCGAAGGUAUGAUUCUACUGUCUGAAUUGUCCCGUAGACGUAUUAGAUCCAUCCAAAAAUUGAUCCGUGUUGGUAAGAAUGAUGUUGUGGUUGUUCUAAGAGUUGAUAAGGAAAAGGGUUACAUUGAUUUAUCAAAACGUCGUGUUUCUUCCGAAGAUAUUAUUAAAUGUGAGGAAAAAUAUCAAAAAUCUAAGACUGUACAUUCCAUUCUAAGAUAUUGUGCUGAAAAGUUCCAAAUUCCAUUAGAGGAACUUUAUAAGACUAUUGCUUGGCCAUUGAGUCGAAAAUUCGGCCAUGCUUACGAGGCCUUCAAACUUUCCAUUAUUGAUGAAACCGUUUGGGAAGGUAUUGAACCACCAUCUAAGGAUAUUCUAGAUGAACUGAAGGUGUAUAUCUCUAAGAGAUUAACCCCACAAGCUGUUAAGAUUAGAGCAGAUGUCGAAGUCUCUUGUUUCAGUUAUGAAGGUAUUGAUGCCAUUAAAGAAGCUCUAAAGGCCGCCGAAGCUUUAAGUACCGAGCAAAUGUCCAUUAAGGUUAAGCUUGUUGCUGCUCCAUUAUAUGUUAUCACUACACAAGCCCUUGACAAACAACAAGGUAUUGAAUUAUUGGAUAAAGCUAUUGAAAAGAUUAACGAAGUUAUUAUGAAAUAUAACGGUGUUUGUAACAUUACUAUGGCUCCAAAGGCUGUGACUGCCACUGAAGAUGCUGAGUUACAGGCUUUAUUGGAAAGUAAAGAGUUAGAUAACAGAUCUGAUUCCGAUUCUGAUGAAGAAAACUCUGAUUACGAAUAA